AUGAUUUACGGUCUCCUUCGAAUCGCUCAUUGUGCCUUGGUGAACUUCUUUUAUUUUUCUCAUUCUCUCGAGUUGUUCGAUUCACUCUUCAAGAUUUUUUUUCAGAACAAGAUGCCGAUCCAGACCGACAUCGUUGGAAAGUGGAGCUUCGUCUCUUCGGAGAACUUCGAUGAGUACCUCAAGGAGGUCGGCGUCGGAUGGGCCGUCAGAACCAUCGCCACCAAGACCAAGCCGACUCUGGAGUUCACCAUUAACGGAGACGAGUGGACCAUGAACUCUGUCUCUACCUUCAAGAACUACACUAUCAAGUGGAAGCUGGGAACUCAGUUCGACGAGAAAACUGCCGAUGGCCGCGAUGUAAGUUGUCUAUUUCUUCUCCCGAAGGUUAGAAGUGAAUUGGUGUGUUUCAGGUCGCUAACGUCUUCAGCGUCGAAAAUGACCGCCUCAUCCAGGUCGAGACUGGAAAGAACGGAGGAAAGGACUCGCGUAUCGAAAGAUACAUCGAGAACGGAAAGCUUGUCAUUGUAAGUUGAUCAAAUACCCAUGAGCAUAACACUUUAGAAUGGUUUACAGGUCUGCCAAUGCAACAGCGUCAAGUGCACCCGCGUCUACUCUAGGCCAUAG